UAACCAUAGUUCAAGCUACACAAAAAUAAAUUCAUAGCUGUUAACAUCAUUUUUUAAUUCAUAGGAUUAUGUUCUCAAACAUACUUAAUUCUUCUUCCUCAUACCUAAACAUCAAGUAUCAUCUAGAUUCUAGAAUGCACCAUCCCAUCCUCGUCUACCCAGGUACUUGUAUAUCAAGGUAGGUAGGGAUUUAUACACUACUAUUGUAUACACUACAAUCACUACAAUCACACAUGCCUUUGUCGUCGUGUAAACGAGCUAUACCCAGGUAGUUGAUUUGUCUCUCAAAACUCAUCAUACCUACAUCAUCCAUCAUCCCACCUUCAAUAUCUAUCUACCAAGACUUAUUCCAUUUAUCAUUUAUCUUUUCUCCAUUCUCCCUCACCUUAAACUCACCUUCAUCCCACCUCCACUCACGUCUCCAAUAAACCAGAUCUCUCAAUCAUCUUAUCUCCAAUCAGACCCGGCAAUUCUAUGCCGAUCCUUCUAAAAAAAGAGAAAGAAAGCCGAGAAAUCUAGGUGAGGUCGAAUACGACUAUAGGUACGCGUACAGAUGCAGCUGAGAGCUCGCCGUUCUCAGCCACAUAAUAUAUAACAUGGCCGCAACCAAUGAGACGGAGACACAGGGGGGCUUGGGGCGACAGCUACACGAUGACGACACCAAACCGACAGUUCACUCGGGAAAGCUCAUUUAUGCAAAACCCCAAGACCUUCCGAGCUUCCCGUCUAUUGGCCUUUCAGAAAAAGGAUCCGCAGCCAGUGCAGCUGCUGCUUUAGGUUGGGUCUCCAAUACAUCACCUGAGCUGUGGAAGCCGGACAAAUCCGCUCCAGCUUCAGCUGCCGCCGUCAUGGCGAAAGAUUAUAAGCUGAGUCCCGCCUGGGAACCCGUUCCUAGCCAGCACAGCACCAAAGCCGCUCUGUUCGCGUCACAAUCUGCCAUGAGCGUCACCAAGCCCGCCAAAUCAACAACUCCCGAUCCUGGCCAUUCUGCCGCAAAUUUGGCUUUCAAGUCAGAUCGGAGCCCACCCGGUUCUGUUUAUGGGAGCUCUCUGGAGCGCCACAGGUCGCUACUUGCUGCGAAAGGUGCCAUGGCGAACCGCCAAAGAGCGAAGUCCUCGCCGAUUCCUAAGGAAUCGUAUCCGGAUGAGGCAAAUGCCGCCGCCAAUGCCCUAAGUGCUGCGACCCGAGCUCAUAGGCCAAUUCGGUCACCGACAAUAAGCGAAACCAGCGAGAAGGGCGGCUCUGUCCCUUACACUAAUAUGGACAGGCAGAUGUUCACAUCGCGACCACCAGUCAAAUGCGAAGUCGACGAUCAGAAGAGAGCAGAUAGUCUUCAUGCCUCUGCUGUUGCGAUGGCCAAGAAGAUGUAUACUCAGCAGCAAAAAAUGAUCGACGCCAAAAAGGCACAUGAUAAUGCUAACCCUCCUCAAGAGAAUGCUGAUGCUUUUAGCAGCGUCAGCGAUGAUGCGCAACCUUUACAUCUUACUACCUUGCAAGACGCGGCUUACAAGCAAGCACAAGCACGUCUAGCUAAGAUGCACGAAGAGCACUUCAAGGGUCGGGAAUAUCAGGAGUAUUACGGGGCCAAGCCGCUAACGCGACGGUUUUCAAUCAGGGGUAAGCUCAGGAAAAGGGCUUCUAGCGACGGCGACGUUAUUGAAGACCGCAGACGAUCACAGCAGAUUAAGCAGCAGAUGUCUUUAUUCUCCAGCAAAAUUUCCGAGGUCGACAGCAAAAAGCGACAGCAGGAUCAAGAGGUAUUACUCGCUGCAGCUCAGAGGAACGUGCACGAACGUUUGAAAGGGAUGGAUGAAAAGAUAUCCGCCGAGACAGGAAUGGUCCAUCCGUCCACUCCAACACAAUGGGAAAUGAAAGCACACGCUAUAGCCCAGGCUAAGGCCGAGCAGCGCCUAGGCCAGAGGCACGGACAGGUUGAUAUUGGUGCCGGAAAGUAUAUGAGCCAAGAUGAAAUUGACGCAAUCGCUGCGGCGAGGGUCAAGCCUGUUUUGGAUGAAAUUAACGAAAAGGUUGAGGAAGAGCAGGCAAGGCAAACAGAGUUACGUCUUGAGAUGGAGAGAAAGAAAGAAGAGGAGGAGAUCGAAAAGGCUCGGCAAAAGGAAAUCCAGGAUAUUAAUAAACGACUUAAGGAACAAGAUAAGCAAGAGCAGAAAGAGAGGAGGGCAGAGGAGAAACACGAGGCCAAGGCGAGGAAAGAAGAAGAAAAGGCAGCUAAAGCAGAACAGAAACGGCUAGCGAGGACCGAGAAACGUAGAUCUACGGCUGAACGAUCCGGGGAAAGUCAAGAUGAGCCGGACCCUACAAAUGAAACAGUUGUUAUGAGUACCGCGGGCCAACCCGUCAGCGUACCUCCUCCACUAGAACCGGCAUCCACUGCCGCCGAAAACGCUGAAGACGGAGUAGUGGAUCGAGAGGCGGUGUCACCCGGCGAAGGGUCGUCGAAAGGCGGCGUUAAGACAUGGUUCAAGAACCGCUUUUCUCGAAGCGCGAAACAACCGGACGACAAAGGCAAAUCGGUAGAGAGGGGUUUCGUCGGCGGGGCCGCCCUAAAGGGCGUUAAUAGCUCCACGAGCAUAGAUAAUCCAGGCAGCGUUAGCAUGUUUGCUGUGGCGAUGGUGGGCCGCGGGCGGACUACUAAUCUAGAGGACGAAGCUGCCGGCGCGGCGACGCCGACGAGGAAUUCGAGCGAUGGCGAGAACGAGCAUUUCCGCGACGACUCGCAAGAUCAGCCCAGGGCGUCGCUAACGCCGCCUAGGCCGCCCCGUUCGUCAGUUGCGAACCACAGUCCCAGUCGAGACUCGAAGUUUGUGGAGAUGCUAGCCUCCACCUCAUAGAAGGCUAGGUAUGCUAUUUUAUCACGAGAUACACAUUUUGCGCGCGGGGGUGGAGUUGUUUCUAAGGCUACUUUUCAACUUGCGGUUAUCCUAUGCGUUAUGGGGAUGGUUCGGUCGCCUUUUUUCCCUAGGAUUUAAGAGGAUUUUGGCCGGUAAAAUUGGGAAAGACAACAACCGCAAGGAUAUAGGGGCUUUGGUUUUCUUGCGCGGGAAUCGGUUUGAUGACUUUAUUUGCUUGGCGUUGGUUUGCGCUCUUCGUUCAUGUAUAGGGGGUGGUGGUUUGAUCGGACAUAUCUGUGUAACAGCGCCAAUAUACCCCCUUUUCUUACUUCCUUAUAUAGGUGAAAAGUUGACAUUUUGAAUCUCAUUUCGUCGAUGCUUGAUUUAUAUGUGUCACCCAAAAUCUUACAAAUUGCAUUUAUUAGUUUUACUAGGUUCACGCUGUAUCUUGGAAAUUAUAAAUGAGAG